AUGGGUAACGUGAUGUCUGCAAGCUUUGCGCCCGAGUGCACAGAUCUAAAGCACGAAUACGACAACUGUUUUAAUCAAUGGUAUAGUGAGAAGUUCCUGAAGGGUCUUUCGGUUGAGAAUGAAUGUUCUAAGCAGUGGUACGCUUAUACGACAUGCGUUGACGCAGCGCUUGUGAAGCAAGGAAUCAAGCCCGCUCUUGAUGAAGCCCGCAAGGAGGCGCCUUUUGAGAAAGACGGUGAGCUAAAGGAUAGCGACUGA